UCCACUCACACCACUUCCCGUAGCUCCAUCUCGUUCUUCCUCCUCCUCGUGUAAUAAUCCGUCCGCUUCCCGGAAAGAGUGGGUAGUGGAGUCGUCUCCUUGCUUCCUUUUCCUUCCUCCUCAUCCGCUUGCAAUCAUGGAGGCAAUGGAGCUACCAUCAGAUCCAUGGAACUCGGAUUGAGGGAGCAAAAGAAAAGCCCCCAUCAUUUGCUCGAUUUUUCCUGUGACGCCCCAAAUCUCCCCUUGAUUCUGGACCCGCCUUCGUCCCCAUUCUUUCUAUUUUUCUGGCAGUUUGGUGAGAUUAUUUGGUGCAUAUAUAUCUACAUAGCAUCAAACCGUUUCAUCCUCGCAAUUUUGCCUGCUACGUGCUGUGGAAUGCCCUGAGCAAGGGGGUUGGUUGGAUGUUGUUGUCGAGGUCUUUAGGGCACGGGAGGCAGAGCUGUGAAACCCGUGAAACGUCUCGGCCGGAGACGAUUCUAGAGCGACGAGGCCGCGGUGGACGGGGUUGACCUUGAGCAAAGUUAGGAUGUGCGCGUGACUUCUCGUGAGGUCGACGCGCGCUGCUUCUCGUAGUCAUUGGCUUCAUCACCGCGACCACGGCACUCGGGGGGAGAGGGGAAGUUGAUGGAUGAGAUGCCUCCCGCGCUUGCUUUGCCACCGCAGGUAGGCAGUUCGCUCUGCGAUUCCCCCGUGGAGGGUGCUCGUCGCAAGCGUAGCGCCGAAACUGAGGACCUGCCUUCCAAUCCCAUGCCGGCAUCGGGUUCUGGUUCGGCCGCGGAUGUUGAGCAAACUGAGGUGAUGGCGCCAGUGGCGGCGGCUUUGGAGGAAGACGGGGAUGAUCUGGAGGUCCGCACGAUCCCGGGGAGUGAUGAGGAGGAUCCGUCAUCCAUCGAGCCUGAAAUGUCCGUCGGAAGCUCUAGUUCUGUCGUUAGCGACAGCAGCAAUUUAAGCUGUGCGAUUGAUGAGUUCUCGAUUUCUGACUCUUCUGGUGAGAUGGGGACACCUUCAUCCAUGGACGCAGGAACAGUCCAUGGUAAUGCUGUACCAGGGCCAGCUUCGUGGGAGCUGGGUGUCAACCCACUACCUGUAAGCUUGAAUGUGACCACACCAUCUGUCAUCGAGCUUGGAAACCCAGAAAGCAGUCGGAGUGGAGAUGGCAGCCAUUUGCGGAGCUUGUUUUUGAUGGAAAGAUUACCACUUUGGGGAUUCAUAACAAUUUGUGGGCGACGACCAGAGAUGGAGGAUGCUGUGGUUGUGGUGCCUUAUUUCUUCGAAGUCCCACUUUGGAUGCUGAUUGGUGAUCAAUCCAUGGAUGGGCUAGACCCAGAUGUAAUCCGCACACCGUUGCACUUCUUUGGGGUCUAUGAUGGUCAUGGGGGUGCCCAGGUUGCUAACUACUGUCGUGAGCGACUCCAUCUUGUGUUGAUGGAACAAUUGGAAAAUUUGGCUAAACAUUUGGGAGGCACUAGUCGUAGUGAUUGGAAGAAACACUGGGAGAAAGCAUUUGUUGAUUGCUUCCAGAAAGUUGAUGAUCAGGUUGGAGGAAAAGAAAGCAGAGGGAAUAUGGGAAGCACAGCUGAAGCACAAAGUGAAGGUGACAUCCUUUGCCGUAAUGUACUAAUAGAAGCUGUUGCUCCGGAGACUGUAGGAUCGACAGCUGUGGUUGCUGUUGUUUGCCCAUCACACAUUAUCAUUGCUAACUGUGGGGAUUCGAGGGCAGUGCUUUGCCGUGGAAAGCAACCCAUACCUCUAUCAGUUGAUCAUAAACCUAACAGGGAAGAUGAGUAUGCAAGGAUUGAGGCUCAGGGUGGCAAGGUCAUACAGUGGAAUGGAUAUCGUGUAUUUGGUGUGCUUGCCAUGUCACGUUCAAUUGGGGACCGAUACUUGAAACCAUGGAUUAUUCCAGAACCGGAAGUUACAAUUGUCCCACGAGCAAGAGAGGAUGAAUGCCUUAUUCUAGCUAGUGAUGGCUUGUGGGAUGUCAUGUCUAAUGAAGAGGUGUGCGAUGUAGCCCGCAGACGGAUUUUGCUCUGGCACAAAAAGAAUGGCCCGGUGUCAGCAGCCACUCAAAGGGGUGAAGGAACUGAUCCUGCAGCUCAAGCAGCUGCAGAGUGCCUGUCGAGACUUGCUGUCCAGAAAGGAAGCAAGGACAACAUCACCAUCAUUGUGGUGGAUCUAAAAGCACAACGGAAGUUCAAGAGCAAGUCAGAACAUGGUAGGUUGGACUUCACAAAAGAACCAUGUACAUGAGAACUUGAAUUUAGUUGGUUAUAUUACUUGGCCCAUCUCUUUCUUUAUUUUUGGGCUCUAAAAAGGAUGUAUCCUUAUACAUACUAUAGAACAUUGCCAGUGUUCAUAUAUCUAAUGCAGGUGGCCAGAACCUUGUAAAUGCAUGUUCUUGAGAUAGGCUCAUAAACUAAUUGUAAACUAAGUUUUCGUCGA